AGUUUCUGUUUGUUUAGUUGUGCCAUCCUUGUGAAUAAUGCAAUAACGGUAUACAUGGAAAGACAGAAUCAAACAUUUGCAGAUCAUUCGCAGUGGGGAGCGAUACCUCUGAAGCGAAAGAAUCAGGCGAGCGGUCAAUCGACUCCUGAGAAUGAUGAUGGAAAACGCGUGCGGAUGCGGUACAGCAAAGAGGAGGAGGAGAAACUGAUCAGAGAGGUGAUAAAGCGAUGGGAUGAACUCUACGGAGCGAAGAGCCGCUUCCUCCCGUGGGGGCGAAAGACCAGCACCUGGAGCGAGAUCGCGGCGCAGCUCGGGGAGACGUCGAAAGGCGCAAGGGCGGGCGAGGAUGUGCGCAAGAAAUGGCUCUACAUGAAGCGGGUCUUUUUGGACAAAGUGGAAGCCCAGAGGUCGUCCACCCACGCCGACUCCGGCCAAACCCCGCCGCCGCAGCUCACCCCCUUGGAGCAGAAGCUGCUGUCAUUGCUGAAGCAACCUCCGGUGCAGCCGUGCAAUGUUCCUGAUAUAGGCGCACCCCGGAUGGACCUGAGCCCAGCAGAGACGGAUGGCACGAGUUCUGGUGGUCACCUGGCAGCAGGGUUCUUCAGCUCUGCCAGCUGCUCCGGUCACCCUGGGGACACGGACGUCAACAGCUCCCGGCACCCUGCUAAAGGGGGGAGGGGUCACCCCAGCCAGGACACUGAUGAGGCGCCCGGGGACACGGAAGCCUCUGCUGGUGGUAGCCGGAGCAGAGAGGAGGACGUCCCGGAGGACGAGCAGGAGGGGCAGCUGGGGCAGCCGAGCGACCGGGUCACGGCCCCUGCCUCCCGACACCCGGGUCGCCUGCAGGGUGACGACGGCACCGCCUGA